CAAAACACAAGCCGCGCGCCGCCUCUCAGCAAACACAUCACGAGCCGCCGGGACGCGAGCAGGGGAACUAACGCGCGUCCGUUUAGAAAAAUCUUCACGAGCCUAGUUGUCAAGAUACCACCCAUUAUAACGGGAAUCGCUUUGACUGGCGGGCCUUUUCCGCUGAGGCGUCCGAUGGACGAUGAGGAGGAGGACACGCUUCGGGGAACGCGCUUCAGGGACCUCAAGUACGACGAGCGGGCCGCGCGAAUGCAAUCUCGCCAGAGGCCUGUCUCACUCGCCCUACCGCUCGCGCCGGGCGGCCACGACAACAACAACGGCAUCGGCGCGCUGGCGUGCGGCUUGCACCGCGGAGCCUUUCACGGCAACGCCGCCUUGCGCUGGCGCUUUCCCGUGGAACUGGAGGACCGGGGAGCGAGGCCGGCCGCUGCCGCGACGGAACCCGAGAGGCGGCGGCGGCGGCGGCGAGACGAGGAUGACCGGAUGGCAGAGAGGCCCGGCCAGCGGGAGGCGGCACUGAGCGUGGAGAGGCAAAUCGGACAGAAACUCCGGGAGAUCGGAGACAAGUUCCAACAGGAUCACAUUGAUGUGUUCCUGCGGCAGCAGAGGCAAAACCUACCCGCCUGGAUGCGGCUCACCAUGGCCGUGUUUGGCUUCCUCGUCUUCCCCAGGCCGGCGGCGGCGCCGCCGCACCUGGUGCCCCGAGAGCACUGAUGAAGAGCCCCCCCCCUGGGCCGCAUCUUUCUCCCCCCACUGUCAAGGCAGCGGACUUGUUAGAGAUGGCACUGUAAGAUGGAACACGGGUUUCGGAUUUUUGCUUUUUUUGUUUUGAUGAAGAAGCGAUUGAGAAGAAAAAAACUCUGGUCACCGCUGGACGGAGGCUGAUGGCAUUUUUUUUUUUUGCCGGGGGGUGGGGGGGGUCUCCCCUCCUAUUUUUCUUGUUCAAGAAGAAGCCAUUGAGUUUGAAGAGAUAUUUUGGAAAUAUGACUCGCCAGAUGACCUAUUUUGUACAGCUCUUGAUUUUGUUCUCGGACGUGAACUGGGAUGGUCGGCCCCGGCCGGGAAUGCCUUAUGAUUGUCCCCCGCCGCCGCCGCCGCAUCGAGGAGAAAGAAAACUUGUUGCUUUUUUUUCUUUUUUUUUUCUCCCCCCUGGCAUCCAAGCCCUCAGCUUCCCCUUGUUGGACUCUUCCACAACCGCCGGCUCAUUUGAUGGUGUCUCGCCAUCCGAGCGUCAUCCUACUUGAAGUUACCUGACGACGGCGGACAUUUUGCGAUUGUGCAGUCAGGGAAUCACGUCGUAAACAAUCACGACCGCCGGGAAGCUUUCGCCUCCCAAACUUCUCGGGACAAUCUUUGGAGUGAGGCGACGAGCAAUAUUCUCUCGAAGCGGGCUACGCGCGCACCGAUGGCUGAUGUUGAAAACGGCAGUACCGAGCCCGACCUGCGGGCGGCGCUCUGGUUAAUCUUCCGGAAACGUCUGACAAUCAGGCAAAAUGAUGGCAUCGGUAGACGUGGAGCCCGCUUUGACCCCACCGCUCUUUUUUUGGAUCCAAUUUGCCGACACUGAUGAUUUGCGUUGAUUGUUAUCGGAGUACUUGACUGUCUGAUGCUUUUUUCUUCAGAUAUUUUCUUUUCUGAGACCUCCGCGUUUGGUUCUCAGAGAUCCUCGCCGUUUGUUUCCUGCAAACACCGAACGCUGAGCCAAUUUGUUCUUGACGCCGUCUUUCCCGUUAGCCUAGCUUAACACGAUGUCGGGUUUCUCUCCUCGACCUCCCGAAAUUCAUUUUGUUUAUUUAUUUCCUUAUUUAUUUACGGUGUACAUUUGCUAGCGUACAGGCGCUAGCUUGGCGUGUUGUACAGUCGUAGUCGUUGGCGGCGUUGAUGUGUAUCGAGUUUGGCCAAGAGGGACGCGAGCGGGCGGGCAUUCCAUCCGUUUUCAAAAAUUCCUCACGGGGCUGUACGGAUUGACGACACGACGAACCUUUCGACUUUAUUCUCAUGAUAUCAAAACUUGAAGUGUCAUUUUUGUUAUGGCAGUAUGACCUCGUUUUUCUACUAUUUUGUCAUUCUUCCACAAUUACACCUUGUAAUGAUCUUGUUUUGCUAAUAAUAAUUUGAAAAAACAAAUCUCUCGCGUGCGUCGCAAAAUGGCCGCCCCCGAACGAAAGCCAUGUGCCUGGCGCGCGCCCGCCGAGCGAGGGCAACUCAACGGACAAUCACAAUGUUACGAAAACGUGCCUUGUGAGGAACACAACUGCGAGCCUGGCGUGCGUGCGUGCGGGCUCGCCCCACCCACCCACCCACGAGCUCGCACGAGGCGCGGCGCCACUUUUUUUCCCCCGCCACACUUUUGGACUCUUUGCUGUCAACACGCACUGUACAAACAAACUGUUGUUGUAAUGUUUUGUUUUUUUCUACUGCCGUGCUGAACUUCCUACUCUGAUUUUGUAAGACGCUGGACGAGGAGGAACGAGUCACCACCGGUGCCCAGUAUUAUCUAUCACAUAGUCUUUCUUUCAAUGGAGCCUUGGGUGUCUUCUUUUCAUAUUCCGACGGCAUCCAAACUGCUGUUUUUUCCCCCCCUCCUUUUAUACAAGUUGGAUACGAAUUUGACACCAUUUCUAUUGAGGUUUUUUCAAUUUUUCUAACCUGAAUAGAACCAACCGAGCCACUCUGAUGCUGAUUUUUUUUUUUCUACGAUGGCUUUUUUUUUUUUAAAUAUAUGAAAACAUUUUGGAUAAGUCUACUGUGUCACUCUCAGUUCAAGGGCUUUUUUUCAAUCGAUGUAAAUGGAGAAAACAAAAAAAAUGCAUGUGCGACAUUCCUGAUUAUAAGAAGAAGAAGGAAAAAAACAAUCUGUAUCAUAAAAGGUUUUUUGAAUGUAAUUUACCGAAGGGGGUGGGGGGGGGCCAUGUGAUCUCUGUCCAUACAUGAAGUGAACAGUGAAGCCUCUUUUUUUUUUUCUGGCUUGUUUGCGUGCAAGUGUGUUCUUUUUUUCAUUUUUGGAAAAAGGGGUGGGAGGGAGGGAGGGCGUUCCAAAGUGGUCUCAAUGAUUUCACACUGUCGGACAUUUUGCGAGGCCCGGUCCAGAUGUAGCAGUUUGUUGUUUGCUUGGCGCGUCGUCGGCCGGCGUGUUGUCUUUGGGACAAAGCGGGCGAGGUCGCUCGGCUCUUUGUUUUCUAGUGCAAUAUGCUGUACAUAAGAGCUUGGCUCUGCCAAAUCUUACAAUCUCAUCAUUUCUUCUCUUGUUCCGUGGGUACUUUUUGCUGUUUUGUUUUGUUCCUUUUUUUUUCAUUAAAACUUUAUGGACAACUCAAA